AUGGCCCGCUGGAUAGCUCUCACCUUGGCGUUCGCCAGCCUCCUGGCAGCUGUCCAUGCAGCAUCGCUGGGAGUCGUGUACACAGAAGGAGGAUUCGUACAGGGAACGAAUAAGCAAAUUGGUAUUUUGAAUCCAAAAUACAUUGACAUUUUCAAGGGAAUCCCCUUUGCUGCUCCUCCAGAAAUCCUCCAAAAAGCUGCGAAACAUCCAGGAUGGUCAGGAACUCUGAAAGCCACAGACUUCAAGUCACGCUGUCUGCAAGUCACCUUGAGCCAAACUGAUACCCGUGGAAGUACAGACUGCCUGUACCUGAAUAUCUGGGCUCCUCAACCUGGCAGAUCAGUGUCCACCAACAUGCCAGUUAUGGUAUGGAUCUAUGGUGGAGCCUAUCUGUUUGGUUCAGCUGAAGGAGCCAAUGUACUCAGCAACUACCUGUACGAUGGCGAGGAGCUUGCUCUCCGUGGCAAUGUCAUUGUUGUGACCUUCAAUUACCGUGUGGGACCAUUGGGAUUCUUGAGCACUGGAGACGCCAACUCCCCUGGAAACUACGGCCUGUGGGAUCAACAUAUGGCUAUUGCUUGGGUGAAGAGGAACAUUGCUGCCUUUGGUGGAAACCCCGAUAACAUCACCAUCUUCGGAGAGUCCGCAGGAGGUGCCAGUGUCUCUCUGCAGACCCUGACUCCUUACAAUGUUGGACUGAUCAAGCGUGCCAUCAGCCAGAGUGGUACAGGUCUGUGCCCAUGGGCUAUUCAGCGGGACCCUCUCUUCUGGGCUAAAGAGGUAGCCCUAAACGUCGGUUGUCCUGUAGAUGACACAGCUGCCCUGGCCAACUGUUUGAGGAUUACAGACCCCAAAGCCCUUACUCUGGCUUACAAACUGGAUCUGACUAAACUUGACUACCCCGUUGUGCACUACUUGGGCUUAUCAGCAGUUAUUGAUGGAGAUUUCAUCCCCGAUGAGCCAGCUAACCUGUUCCACAAUGCUGCUGAUGUGGACUAUAUGGCCGGAGCCAACAACAUGGACGGACAUUUGUUUGCUGGCAUGGAUCUCUCCGUCAUCAACAAACCACUGCAGAACAUUUCUCCGGUUGAGGUAGAGAAGCUGAUCUCAGAUCUUACACUUCCCAAGGGAUCGGUUGGAGCAGACCUGGGUUAUCAGCUUUACACUGUAAAUUGGGGGCCCAAUCCUGAGCAGGAGCUCAUGAAGAGAACAGUUAUCGAGGCAGAGACUGAUUACAUCUUCCUGGUGCCCACUCAGGAGUCUUUAGCCUAUCAUGCCAUGACUUCCAGGACUGGCAAGACCUACAGCUACCUGUUUUCUCACCCCUCACGUAUGCCCCUCUACCCCAGUUGGGUGGGUGCUGAUCACGCUGACGAUCUGCAGUUUAUUUUUGGAAAGCCCUUCACCACUCCACUGGGUUUCAGAACCCAGGACAGAAAUGUGUCCGGGGCCAUGAUUGCUUACUGGACCAACUUUGCUGCCACUGGCGACCCCAAUAAUGGUCCAUCCAAAGUCCCCACUUCAUGGCUUCCUUACAAUGCUCAGUUUGGACAAUAUCUAGAAAUUAACAACGACAUCACCUUCAAGUCCAUGAAACAGGGACUAAGGUCACAUUACGUCCGCUUCUGGGUCCAUACCUACCGCAGCCUACCCACUGUUUAA